AUGAAUUUCUUGUUCGCCACCAACUCCCCUCCUGCUCAACCCAUAACCGCCCUCGCCUGCAACACCGCCAUUUCUCACAACCACACAACAAGCGGCUCACCCAGCGCAGUCUCACCCACAACCCCAGGGACCCUCCAGGACAUUGAACUCCUCAUCGACAUCGAGGCUUCAUUCCACGGAGUUCUUCUCGGUCUGCCAGAGGAAUCAGCGGGAGCAGUGCUCAAUGUAACGGCGAUUCUUCAUGUCCGCAAGAAGCCCAUUCGUGCUUCGAAACUGACGGCGACUUUUGACGGACGAAUCAAGGUCCAGUGCAGCGACGGCGCGACCUUUGGAUCCGAACAAUAUCGCGAGCGUGUUUUGGCUCACAAGGAUUGGGUCCUCUGGGAGGCAGGAUCAUCGGCAGCAGGUUCUGGAUCAAAGAACCAUAUCCCUGUCGGAACACACUACUACCCACUCUCGAUCCAACUGGAUGGGGCCUUACCUCCAACAUUCAGUGGCAAACAUGGAUCCAUUCGAUACAUCCUCUCGUCAUCACUCCUCCGGCCGCUCUUCUACAGCGACAUCAACACUGUCCAGGAUAUCGAAAUUAAACGCUGUCUCGUCAGCGAGGAAGCUCGGAGUAAUAAUAACAACGGCUUUUCGACACAGUAUCAGGAUCAGCUCGAUCUCGGUUCGCUGCUCGUGAACCAGCUUUCGAGGGCGGGAAUCUCGGGUGCAUUAGGCGAUCAGUUGGACGAUGCACAUGCUGCGGACAUGCCUAUGGGUCCUACCACCAUCACACAUCACAACACCCACAGGGAGCUUCUCAGAUACACUGCAACCUCCCCGCCUAUCGCCCAUCUGGAGGGCGGUCUCAUCCACAUCGACCUCACGCUCGAACCCCUUCCUCCUGGUUCCUACAUUUACUCGAUUGCGUACGGCCUCAAGGAAGUCAUCCAUUACAGGUCAUCGGCUACCGGCAAUCUGGCCGACAACAAGGCAGAGAUUCUAUACCCGAUCGGACAACAAACGGUCAUCAUUCCCCGGGACCAGGAGCGUGAGCGAUCCAUGUCCAGCGCUGGCGCUGGAGCAUCGACCCGUCAAUUGCUGGAACUGCGACCUUGCCCUCUGCUCACCAACGUCGACACCAUCACGCCGCUUAUCGAGAUUCAUCAUCGGAUUACCUGUAAUGUGGCGAUUGUCUUGCCGGAUCCUGUCCAUCAUCGCAACACCAUCUCUGGGAACAGGAGUCCCAAUGGCUUUGGAGGAAGAGGCGACUAUUCGAAUGAUCAAAAUGGGGGCGCACCCAGUGGGGGCGGGAUCCUUCGACGACUCAACUUGACUCCGCAGCCUCUCACACCUAGCCUGAACCUUGUCGAUUCGACCGGCACAGAGGUCACCAACAAUGUUGUUCUUUUGGGCGAGCCCACGCACUCCAUUAUCGAGCCUGCACCGAUGCCUGCAAGUGUCGAGUUGAACGAUGCGCCACCUCCACCACCCACUUCGCAGAUCGAGAGCACGCUGCUUGAGUUUCCCAUCAUCUUGACAUCCCGGUACCCCUCAGUCAGGACACAAGUCGCACAACAACAGGCCGACACGUUGGCCGAGGAGCAGAUUGUUCAAGAUGCUGUGCACGGAGGCGAGAACGACUAUGCGUACCAAACGUUGGGAGCCAGUAGUUAUUCAUCGUCACAGCUCACGGCACCAGCUCGUUCUCGCUUAAUACCCGCCGGACCAACAGACAACCAUAGCGCAGCAGCACCCGUUCAGCAGUUUGUUCACAACCAGGUAAUCGCCCCUACCAUCAUCCCAGCCACUGGAACGACUAUUCAGCCGAUGGCGAAUGGAUCUCUGGCGGUGCCUUCAGCCAUGUCGACAUCUCCAUCGUCCUCCGUCAUGUCGUCCAGGAGUUCAACAGAUAAUUCAGGUGCAGACCAAGGACAGUCGUCUUCAUCGUCUCGAGGGUCACCCGAGGUGUCGUCACACAGUACCAGCCCGACAUCUUCAGACUUUGCAACCUCGUCGUCGUCCGAUGGCUCACCUACGAAUAAUGUCAGCAUCGGAGUUUCAGCUAAUGUCUUGAGCGCGCCUCGUGGCCCUGCACGGAGCGGUAUCAGCGAUGGUCUCAGAGCCGCGGCCGCUGCCGCCGCUGCCCCACAGUCGGGGAUCGAGUCAGUGACGACAAGUCCUUUGGCCUCUCUCUCGCGUCCCCCAUCCUAUGGCCGACCCACUGCCGCACUCCCCGUUCUUUCCGCACCAUCACCGCCCCAGGAUGAGUUGCCAAAGUACGAAGACGUGAUGGUGUAUGGAGGCAACAACAACACCAACAGCUGCGGCGGCAGCAGAUCAGAAUCCGGGUUAGGCAUCACGAUCCCUCGUUCUUCACCAAUGUCCAUGCCCAUGCAUGUGCCCAGCCGUGGAAGCCAUUCUACUAGCCCUCAAGUUACCUUCAGCCCACAGUCGAUUAGCAUGUCUCACUCACCAUUGCGACAGCAGAUUUACAGGAAUAGUGGUGGUCGUAUUCUGGCCUCCCCACCGACCUCGAGCCCGAUUUCGCCAGCGACAGAGGGCGCGCUCUCGAUUGGUCGUGAUGGACAACGGUCGAGUCCUCAGGCGAUUCGGGAACAUGGACAUGGACAUGGACAUGGACAUGCCCGGACAGGGUCUUCGACCUCCAUGUUGCAUUCAACGUCGUUGGCCAGAAGUCAGCACUCCAGUUCUGGAUUCCUGUCAUUGACACCUACCACCGCCGCCGCUACAGCUGCCACCACCACCCAACUGCAGUACUCUUUCCCGACUCAAUCGCCCAUCCAGCGUCAGGCCAGUAUCGGACAGCAGCAGCGUCAUCAGAGGCAACGGAGUGUAGGCGCCGCAACGAUUAUGGGAUCGCUGGGUUGCAACGGAGGGUACCUUUCUCAACAGCCUGCUGCGUUGUCGAUGUCGUCGUUUGAUUGUAUCAGUGCGGCGGCGGCAUCGUCGUCCAUCCUUGUAUCCAAUGCAGGCCGAGCCACCUCUCCGCCUGCCUAUGUAGAGUAA